GAUAAUUCAGGUCUCUCAUCCACCCCCACUGGAAUUCUCUGGGUGGCUGCCCAGGCCCCUUUGCUGGAGAGCCAGCCCCAGGCUCGGAGAGUUUGCUGGACUUCCUGUGUCUGUGAAAGCAGCUGGGGGCUGAGCAGAGGAAUGCCUGGCCGGGUCCAGGCAGAAGUUUCUCCUCACCAUCUCCAGGCCUGUCUUCACCGCUCGCUUGCAUUCUUGGCUUUAAGAUUCUGGAGGCCAGGAGUCUGUUGGGAUCUACACCCCAUGGACCUCAAUGUUGUGGCUGGUGGUGGGGAGCCAGCAGGGCCGGGGGCUCCAGGCUCUGCCCGAUGAGGCUGCUCAUGGGGGCAGGCCGCAGGAGCGGGAGCUGAGGCCAGGCCAAAGAGGUGAUAAAAUGGAGACCUGAAGAGGCCAGGUGACACGGAGUCAGAGGUGACACCUGGAUUCGGAUCCGGUUCUGUCUGACUUGAAGCUCAGGCUCUUCCACUUGACAUUGUGCUUCCCCCUCAUUCAUUCGUUCAUGAAUUCAAUCAUUUGUUCACUCAGUAUUACUGAAGCCCAGAGAUGAAGGACCUCCUCACGCUGGCUUGGUUCCUGGCUUGCAGUGUGCCUGCUGUGCCAGGGAGCUUGCUGGACCUGAGGUCAAUGAUUGAGAAGGUGACUGGAAAGACCGCCCUGACCAACUAUGGCUUCUACGGCUGUUAUUGUGGCUGGGGCGGUCGAGGGACCCCCAAAGAUGGUACCGACUGGUGCUGUUGGGUGCAUGACCAUUGCUAUGGGCAGCUGGAGGAGAAAGGCUGCCACAUCCGGAUGCAGUCCUACAAAUAUAGAUUCACACGGGGCCUGGUCACCUGUGAGCUUGGCCCCUUGUGCCAGGUGCAGCUCUGUGCCUGUGACCGGAAGCUUGUCUACUGCCUGAGGAGGAACCUGUGGAGCUACAACCCUCGUUACCAAUACUUUCCCAACAUCCUCUGCACCUAGUCGCCCCAGGGAGCCCCUCCCACACCAAGACUCCCUCCCUUCUCCUCCAGCACAGAGCUCACCGACUCUGCUGGGUUCCUGAGACAGGCCCCCAGGUCUCAGACCUCAUCCUUUCUCAGUGGUCCACCAGGUUGGGAGGAGCCCCACGGCCACACUUCACCCUCCAGAGUCCCAGCAGAGUGACUCUGGUUAGAGGACUUGGUAAGGUCAGUGUCCCCAGCCUCCACUUGUGAGGUCAGCCCCCUGGUGCCGAGAGCUCGCGCCUGACUCCAGGCCAGCUGUGUUUCUCCUCGCCCCUGAAGACGCGCCCCUUUUCCAGAAGGAAGACUUUCCCGGGAUGCACUCACAUUUCAGUUUCUGCAGUCGCCUUAUCACUGCCACCCUCUAGAGAAUUUUUACUCAAGUAGAAGCAAAAUUGACUCCAUAAUCUGCCAUAUAGAUAUUAAACUCCUUCUCUAGACGAAUAGAAAGCACACAGGCAUUUUCCUCUGCUGUGGGGGUUGCCUGUGCUUUUUCUCUGCCACUAUGGCACUAAACCCAAGGUUAACCACGUUCUUUCAGAUGUAGAAGUUGCCGAUUAGCAAAUAAAAGAUUUUCUGGGAUGA